AUGAUCUGGGAGGCCAAGAAGGCCGGAUGCCACUGCGUUAAGUUUCAGAAAUCCGAUUUGCCAGCAAAGUUUACGCGAUCCGCUCUAAAUCGCGAAUAUAUCAGCGAUCACGCCUGGGGAAAAACCUACGGAGAGCACAAGGAGUACCUGGAGUUCUCCAAGGAUCAGUACCUCCUGCUGCAGGCCUAUUGCAAGGAGCUUAGUGUGGACUUUACGGCUUCCGCCAUGGAUGAGAGAUCGUUGGAGUUCCUGGCAGACUUAAAUGUUCCUUUCAUUAAAAUUGGGUCCGGAGAUGCAAACAACUUUCCGCUUCUCAAAAAGGCCGCCAGUUUGGACUUGCCUCUAGUAAUCUCCACCGGAAUGCAGACCAUGCCAACUGUGGAGAGGAUUGUGCACACUAUGAGGGAGUCAGGAAAACAGAACUACGCUCUAAUGCACUGCGUAUCAUCAUACCCAACUGCACCCGAAGAUUGCAUCUUGCAGUUGAUAUCCGUUUUUAGAAGACGUUUUCCCGAUGUGGUAAUUGGGUACUCGGGUCAUGAACUGGGAGUGGUCGUUAGCCAGGCCGCUGUACUGCUAGGAGCACGCAUAGUGGAGCGCCACUUUACGCUGGACAAGAGUCAAAAGGGCUCCGAUCAUCGUUGCUCCCUUGAGCCCCAGGAAUUGAAAGCUCUAACUGCAGCAAUCUCCAACUUUGAACUUUCUUCAGUCUCGUUGUCGCCAAAGGAAAUAUUUCAAAAAUUAAAUGGAGGCCGCGAACUGGAGGCAGCUCUUAGGGAUGUUGAACACAAAACCAUUCUACCCUGCGAGCUGCCCUGCCGAAAUAAACUUGGCAAAUCCAUUGUGGCGGCUAGGAGUCUCAAAAAAGGUGGUAGGUUGCAAUUGGCAGAUAUGGCCAUUAAAGUUAGUGAACCCAGCGGCCUUACAGCGGAGCUUUACCUGGACAUAGUCGGUAAGGAAUUGGCAGACAAUAUUGGUGAGGAUGAACCCAUAUAUGGGAGUAGCAUAAUUAUUUAAAUCAUGGGUUUUGAAAAAGUACAUGAUGUGGAAUUAAAAUACAAUUCUAAAUGAAUA